AUGAGCUCAGCCGAGGUUCGCCAGCGCAAGCCUCCCACUACCACAGAAGCGACCGAGCUUCUUCAAGAACAAUCCACCAAACCUCCGACCGAUCCACGUCUCAAACAUGGAAUUGCUAUGCAACUGUUCAGGUCACUGUUACUGGCGACCUGGCUCGAUGGCUGCUGUAUCAUCCUCUUUGUGACUCAACUUGUCGGCUGUCCAUUGUACAUCAUCAAUAAAGAAUGGUACUACAUGUAUAUGGCAUAUACAAAACAAAGCUUCGGUCUGGUGAUCACAGCUCUCACAGAAUGGGGAAGCCCGACCUUGUUCAGAGUUAGCGGAGAUCAAAGUGUACGAGGCCAGCUUCAUUUAUCGGAAGAUGGUCUGCUGAAGGCCGAUUUUCCAGAGCGUCUGGUCCUCAUUGCCAACCACCAGAUCUACACCGACUGGAUCUAUCUGUGGUGGUUUGCCUACACGAAUGUGAUGCACGGUCGAAUUUUCAUCAUUCUCAAAGACUCGCUGAAGUGGAUCCCCAUCGUGGGACAGGGAAUGAUGUUCUUUGGGUUCAUCUUUCUUGCUCGAAAGUGGACGUCCGACAAGGCUCGUAUUGAAUACCGUUUGCAGAAAUUGAAGACGAAGUAUAUGGCUAGGUCGAAUGGGUCGACUUAUGAUCCCAUGUGGCUGUUGAUUUUCCCCGAGGGAACUAACCUUUCUAUCAACACCAAGCGACGAAGUGAUGCCUUUGGUGAGAAGCAAGGCCUGCCGUCUUUCAAUCAUCAGAUUCUGCCUCGCUCGACUGGACUGUUUUUCUGCCUGCAACAGCUAAAGGGAACUGUUGAUUGGGUCUACGACAGCACCAUUGCCUAUGAAGGUCCACCUAAGGGUGUUUACCCGGACAAGUACUUUACUCUCCGAUCUACAUUGCUACAGGGACGACCACCAACAUCUGUCAAUAUGCACUGGCGGAGGUUUGCUGUAGCCGAUAUUCCACUGGAAAAUCAAACAGAAUUCGAAGAAUGGCUACGAGCUCGAUGGGCCGAGAAAGAUAAGCUCCUAGACCAGUAUUGGGAGACGGGUCGAUUCCCCUCUGACCUAGCCGGCUCGAUCGAGACCAAGAACGCCUCACCCGAACAGAAAGUGGCUGUUGAUGCUGGAUAUGUCGAAUCAUAUGUUCGAUUGCAUCAUUGGGUCGAACUUGGUCAGAUAUUUGCUGUGCUGGUUGGCUUGGCGUUGCUGUGCAAGUUUAUAGGCAGUUGGUUUCACUGA